AGAAAAAGAAGGUGGGAGACUAGAGAGAAAAUGAAGAACUAGCACAGGAAGUCUCUGAGGUCACAGUAAACUCCCUAAACAGAGCAAAAAAUGCAUGUGUGUGUGUGCACACCCUGACGUGUGGUGUGUGCAUGUGAGGGACAUCUCGAUGAGACGCUGCCUGAGGUUUUAGUAACUGCCUGCUGAGCUGCGAAGACACACGCAUACACACACAGACGUCUCAAGGAAGCAUCUUUUGGAGUUUUCAUGAUCGCUCUGCACUGCGUGAGAGUGCCUUUGGAUGGUGUCAGACUUUUCAACAAGUCGAUGAGAGUCAUUUCUACAAAGGGUUGUUCUUUGAGUGUCUAUAGUUUCGCUGAAGGUGUGCGUGAGUGGCUGACAUCAACUUCAGUGCACCGGACACCAUGGGAAACAGUGGGGAGGAAGGGAAGCUACACCGGCGUCUUUCGCGACUCGGCAGCCGCCACCAGAACAGGGAGCCUCCCAGGCCACCGCCUCAGGCCGACAAACCCCCCACACCCGACCCGGCCCCCAGGCCCCCAGAGGUGGUCCCUAAACCACCAGAGGCAGCCCAGAAGGCCCCAGAUGCAGCACCCAAACCACCCAUAGUGGCCCCCAAACCAACAGAGCCGUCCAAACAGAGUCUCCCUCCCCGACCCCUGAAGAGAGAGUUCCUGUGUGAGACCCACGGCAAUGCCAUCUUACAGGGUUUAAACUCUUUCCGAAGUGAUGAGACGUUGUGUGAUGUGACCCUGGUGCCAGGAGACAGCAGCAAGACCUUUCCUGUUCACAGAGCCAUCAUGGCCUCAGCCAGUGACUACUUCAAAGCCAUGUUCACAGGCGGAAUGCGAGAGCAGGAGCUGAAGGAGAUUAAGCUUCAUGGCGUGAGCAGUGCCGGGCUGAAGAACAUUAUCGACUUCAUCUACACGUCGCGACUGGACUUGAGCGUGGGCAGCCUGCAGGACACUCUGGAGGCGGCCAGCUUCCUACAGGUCAUACCUGUACUGGAUUUCUGCAACCAACUGCUCAGUAGCGAGAUCACCAUUGAAAACUGCAUUGAAGUGGAGCGAAUAGCCACAGACCUACUCCUGGAGGAUGUCCACACCCAUAUCAGCAAGUUUGUGCGGGACAACUUCCGGGAGCUGGUGCAGAGCGGACACUUCCUGCAGCUCUCCGAGUCCAGCAUGGCGAACGCACUCGCCAGCGACGGCCUCAAGGGCCUCUCAGAGAUGGAGCUGUACCGUGCGGCCCGGACCUGGAUCGCCCACGACCCCCCUACCCGCCACCCAUCCGCCUAUACCCUUCUGCGCCACAUCCGCUUCCCACUCAUGAAUCCCGCCGAGCUGCUCCAGAUCUCUCAGGAGCAGGACCAGAGUGAGAGCACUGGCGCAGGGGCCGCUGCGGCUAACGCUAACGCGCCGCGGGAGCCGCCACUGAUGCGCUCGGACACGGCGUGCGUCAACCUUCUCCUGGAGGCCAGCAAUUACCAGAUGUUGCCCUUCAUGCAGCCGGUGCUGCAGACGGAGCGCACGCGCAUCCGCUCCGACGCCGUGCGCCUGCUCGCGCUGGGCGGCGUCAUGCGCCACCAGCUGGUGGUCAGCCGCGAGCUGCGCUUCUACGAGGAACCGGAGGGAGCGAGAAAGGACGAAGAUGGAGCGGAGGGGACGGGUGACGUCAGUGCCUUCGGAGAGGUGGCGAGUGGCGGAGGAGGAACCGGCGGGAGCUGGCGGGCGCUACAGCCGAUGGAGGUGCCGCGCUACCAGCAUGGCGUGGCGCUGCUCGGGGGCUUCCUGUUCAUCGUCGGGGGCCAGAGCACGUACGACACCAAGGGCAAGACGGCGGUGGACAGCGCCUACCGCUACGACCCGCGCUUCGACCGCUGGCUUCAGGUGGCCUCACUCAACGAGAAGAGGACCUUCUUCCACCUGAGUGCACUCAACGGGAAACUGUACGCUGUCGGAGGUCGCAACGCCACCGGGGAGAUCGGUUCAGUGGAGUGCUACAGCCUCAACAAAAAUGAGUGGUCCUUUGUGAUGCCGAUGGUUGAACCCCAUUAUGGCCAUGCUGGAGCAGUCCAUGGAGGUCUGAUGUAUGUCUCAGGCGGCAUUACCAAGGACACCUUCCAGAAGGAGAUGUGGUGCUACGACCCCGAUCGUGACCUCUGGACCCGGCGGGCAGACAUGAUGGACCUGCGAGGGCUGCACUGCAUGUGCACACUGGGCGACCGCCUCUACGUGAUGGGCGGCAACCACUUCCGCGGUGCCAACGACUACGACGACGUGCUGGGCUGCGAGUACUACAGCCCGGCCAGCGACCAGUGGACCGCGGUGGCGGCCAUGCCGCGAGGACAGAGCGACGUCGGCGUGGCCGUCUUUGAGGGCCGCAUCUACGUGGUUGGGGGCUACUCGUGGAACAGCCGCUGCAUGGUGGACAUCGUGCAGCGCUACGACCCCGAGCGCGACGAAUGGGAGCACGCCUUCAACGUGCUAGAGCCGCUCGGGGGCAUACGGGCCUGUACCAUGACCGUGCACAGGCCCCAGGAGCCUGCCGCCGAGGCCCAGAUACAGGAGUGCCCUCUACUGGCCACCGCCAAGAACUGAGCCGGGGGGUUCAAGAGCAUUGGGUGGGGGUCAAGAGCCUGGGCCUAGGCAAUAUCAUCCAUAGAAUUACGGUUUUCUAUAUUAUUUUAGGUUUCAGAGAGUAGAGGUUGAGAUUUUUUUGAAGGUGGACACUCACAUCUACUGCUGUCAUUCAAACUGUGGUGACACUUUUUUUUGGGGACAAAAUGUCCCAAACCAGCAAAUCUGCAAAGCCUGUGGGUCUUAUUUGGAUUGGAUUUUACCAGUUGAAAACAGCAGUGUUGUACAGUACAAUGCAAAGCAAUGCAAAUAAUUUUCUGUUUAUAUUCAUUCGAGAAUCUGACCAAAGCGUCACACUGUACAAGGGUUGAGAGGUGGACAGACAUUCUCAACUCAAGACAUGGGUGAAACCAGCCGUUUGGCAGUUUCACACUGUACUCAUGAGUUGGAAGUCCAGUCAGCACAAAAUCUUUCUGGGAAGGAUGGUGUUGGUCUCUUUUACAUAUACAGUCUGUAUAAUGUUGUUGUUUUCUAUCUGUGUCCUUAGUAUCCGAUCACUCAUUCAACUGAUACCAGACAAAACACCUUAUCUUCAGCCCUCUACAUUACCUGCGCUCACUCUGUUUUUUUUUUUUUACUGUAUGUAUGCCCUUCUUCCUCAGGUAUCCUCUGUAAAAACCUUAAGAAACUCCUUCAAUUCAUGUUUAGGCUUGUAGCAGUGUUACAGUCACACCACUACUGCAUCUCCUGUUCUCUGUUCUUCUCUAACUGUGUGUUAGUAUGUGCUAUUUGAAAUGCUGAAGUGAAACCUGCUCUUUGCCUUAGUAUACUCUGAUCAGACUGUAGGGUGUGAUGAUUAGGUUGUUUUCUGUGAUAUAAGCUUGUUUUAGCCUUAUGGCAAGGACUUUGAUACAUAGUUUAAUAUGAUUUGUGUGUAUUUUUCAAAAUCUUUGAAGUGCUUAUAUAUUUUGAAGACAUUUGCACUGUUUGUAUUUUUUAAUAAA